AUGCAGUUGGACUCUGGCUGGGAAUUGAUAUGGAGUGGUCUUAUUCGUGGGCUGCCGACAUUCAGUAAUCUAAAUUCUGUUGGUGACCUUCGAGACUCUUUACAUCUCCGGAAGAAUCUGUUAAGAGCAAUUUUAGGCCACUUCAACUUGAAGGAGUCUUCCAUAUUGAAUGAGCAUGUUGUGAUCUUGUUACCAGCAGCUGUCUAUGCUCUGUGUGCUGGUUGUGCUCCUUUCACACAUUCUUACAGGGGGUUUUCCCCAUCAAACAUUCUUGUAGAUAGCUUUGAGCCUACAGAUGAUCAGGUUAAGACAGAUGAACAUGAACAGGAAAGGCUUUGUGAGCUUUUUGAAUGUUCUGUUGAAGUUCUUACAAAAAUUCAUUUGGUUCCUACAGUUGAGGUUUCUUCCUCCCGAUGCUAUCAAAGUGUCUGUCUCCCUCGACAAUUUAGAGAUCUGCUGCUUCAUGAGAUGGAGGGCUAUAUUCCUGGACCUGUAGCAGACAAGGAAACGGAAAAGAAAGGAGAAGAGGCUUCACCAUUUCUUUCAAAAAUGAGCCAAUACUUGUUGGAAUUGCUGGAUUGUGCUGUUAAUGCAAUUCACGAAAACAGCAAUGACCUUCAAGCUCUUGGUUGCUCAGGCUCUAUCUCUGACUAUAACUUAAAAACCACUCUUAUAGCUUCAUUUAGAAGCUUUUUAUGCUCUCUUAUCCAUGCCAAAAGUAGAGAUGAAACUGCUUUGGAUGUUGUUCUUUAUGAUGCUAUAAUACAAUCCAUGGAGAGGCUCUUGAAGGCACUGGCUGAACUGUACAAUCAAUUUUCUGAAUGUUUAAGAAGUCCACCGCAGCCUGAUUUACCUUCAUCUGAUGCUAUGUUUCAAAUAUCUGGUCCAUCGGGUAGCAACACUAGAAUUGUGGACAUGGAGUUAGAUGUGAUUGAGGAUACCCAAGAUGUGGAUAUUUUACCUGUUGGUGGGAUAAUUGGCACUGGUAUAUCCUUUUCCUCAGUGAAGUGGAAGUUGGGUAUGAUAUCACUUAUUUCAAGCUUUCAUUCAGUUUUAAAUUUUGCUACGUGGGAUGUCCUGUUUGAGCUCAUGGAAAACGAACGAGACAAUAAGGUGAAAACAAUGAAUAACAUGUUUGAGAUGCAAGCAAGUGUUAAGCUGGACUGUUUUGGGGUAGUAGUUGCUGCCUGUCAAUUGGUAGCUACCUUAUUAUCCUUUGGUGCUGCUGGAAAGGAUGGUGCUCCAACUGCUUUGAAAAGAGAAUCUGAACUGAAUCCUGCUGUCUCACAUGUUGGUUGGGGUCAAUUGUAUGGUGAAACUGAAGUUCAUGUGAUUGUUUUAUUGCAGAAUCUUGUACAUCUUGGAGAACUAGUUAACAAAGUAGCAGAAUUUGGGCUUCUUGACUGGUCAGGACGUGUUAGGCUUAUUGAUUGCUUUUGCAAUUUUGUCUUACUCAGUCCUCAAAUUGGUCAGGUGAUUACUGGUAGACACUGA